AUGGUGAAAGAACUUAAGAAGAAACAUAGGUUGAAUAUGUUAGGUUUGGUAGAGACUAAAAGACAAUUAGUAACAAGGUUUGAUGUUAUGAAAAUCUGGGGGAAUAGUUGUGUGGAGUGGGAGUAUAUGGGGCCUGACGGUGCAUCUGGUGGGUUGUUGUUAAUGUGGGAUGAUGGUUUCUUUAAAAUGAGAAAUUGCUAUAAAGGAUUUCUAAGGAUAGUUAAGGAGGAAUGGAGAGGGUUAGAAGAGGUACAAUUCACCGAUAAACUGAAGGCGUUGACGGUUCCUUUGGAAAGAUGGCAUAGAGACAACUUUGGUGAUAUGGACAAGAAAAUUAUGAAGUUUGAGGAAGAGAUUAAGAAGAUUGAUGACAUGGUUGGUAAUGAGAGUUAUGAUGGGACAGUGGAAGUAAGAAGGAAGGCGCUAAUUACUUGUUGCGAGAAAUGGUAUGUGAGGAAAGAACAACAUUGGAAGCAGAUGUCGAGGUCGAGGCAUGCGAGGGACAUGGAUAAAAACAUGAGAUAUUUCCACAACUUAGCUUCUGCAAGAAGGAGAAAUAAUAGGAUUGAUACUCUGGUUAUUAAUGAAAGAUUGAUAAGGAAUCAAGCUAGGAUUAUUAAGAUUGCCAUCAGGGAGUUUUAUAAGGGCUUAUAUCAUCAAGAGAGGUCUCCUAUGGUGGGUUUCAGAGAUGGUUUGGUGGAAAGGAUUAGCAAGGAGGAUGCUUUGGCUUUAGAGAUGCUACCGUCACCUAAGGAGGUUAGAGAGGCAGUGUGGGAUUGUGAAUCUUCCAAGGCUCCAGGAAGUGACGAUUACAACAUGAAUUUCAUAAAGAAGUGCUGGAAUAAAAUUGGCUCGGAGUUCACGGCAGCGGUACUGGUUUUUUUCCAAUCUUCUAGGUUGUCAUCAGAUGCUAAUGUCACUUGGGUGGCGCUGGCCCCCAAGUUUACUGGUGUUAAGAAAAUCAAAGAUCUGCGUUCGAUAAGCAUAGUGGGGUGUAUGUAUAAGGUAAUCUCGAAGAUGCUGGUUAGGAGAAUGAGAGAUGUUAUGCCUGGGUUAGUGGGUGAGACGCAGAGCGCUUUUGUCAAGGGUCGGAAGAUUCAUGAUUCCAAGUUUACUGGUGCUAAGGAAAUCAAAGACCUGCGACCAAUUAGCAUGGUGGGGUGUGUGUAUAAGGUGAUCUCGAAGUUGCUGGUGAGGAGAAUGCGAGCAAUUAUGCCAGGGCUAGUAGGUGAGACACAGAGUGUUUUUGUCAAAGGUCGAAAGAUUCAUGAUGGGACCCUUAUCGCAUGUUUAGUGGAUAGUGGAUCAAACAGAGGAAGAAAUAAGCGACAAUAA